CCCCGCGCUCCCCUCCCGGCCCGCCGCCCGCCGGCUGCCCCGGACCCUGGCGUCUGGCUUCUACCCGCCAGGCCCCCGCGUCACGGACUCGCGAUGGCCAAGCGCAGCUCGCUGUCCAUCCGCAUCGUGGAGGGGAAGAACCUGCCCGCCAAGGACAUCAACGGCAGCAGCGACCCCUAUUGCAUCGUCAAGGUGGACAAUGAGCCCAUCAUCAGGACAGCCACUGUGUGGAAGACCCUGUGCCCCUUCUGGGGCGAGGAGUAUCAAGUGCACUUGCCGCCCACCUUCCACGCCGUGGCCUUCUACGUCCUGGACGAGGACGCACUCAGCCGGGACGACGUCAUCGGCAAGGUCUGCUUCACCAGGGACACCCUGGCCUCCCUCCCGAAGGGUUUCACCGGGUGGGCCCACCUGACCGAGGUCGACCCUGACGAGGAGGUGCAGGGCGAGAUCCACCUGCGGCUGGAGGUGGUGCCAGGGACCCCAGCCCGUCGGCUGCGCUGCUCUGUGCUGGAGGCCAGGGACCUAGCCCCAAAGGACAGGAAUGGCGCAUCUGACCCUUUUGUCCGAGUGCACUACAACGGCCGGACACAGGAGACCUCGGUUGUGAAGAAAUCCUGCUACCCUCGAUGGAACGAGACAUUUGAAUUUGAGCUGGAGGAGGGGGCUGCGGAGGCUCUGUGCAUUGAGGCCUGGGACUGGGACCUCGUCAGCCGAAAUGACUUCCUGGGCAAGGUGGUGGUCAACGUGCAGAGGCUGUAUGCAGCCCAGCAAGAGGAGGGCUGGUUCCGGCUGCAGCCCGACCAGUCUAAGAGCCAGCGAGGCGGGUUGCAGGGCCCAGGACAGUUGAUCCCCAUCAUUGAGGAGACAACAAGCACAGACCGUCGCCAGGAGGUGGCCACCAACCUGCUCAAGCUCUUCCUGGGGCAGGGGCUGGCCAAGGACUUUCUGGACCUGCUCUUCCAGCUAGAGCUGGGGCGAACCAGUGAGGCCAACACGCUGUUCCGAAGCAACUCUCUGGCCUCAAAGUCCAUGGAAUCUUUCCUGAAGGUGGCAGGGAUGCGGUAUCUGCACGGCGUCCUGGGCCCCAUCAUUGACAGAGUGUUUGAAGAGAAGAAGUACGUGGAGCUGGACCCCAGCAAAGUGGAAGUUAAGGAUGUAGGGUGCUCAGGGCUUCACCGCCCCCAGACCGAGGCAGAGGUGCUGGAGCAGAGCGCACAGACGCUGCGCGCCCACCUAGGGGCGCUGCUGAGCGCGCUCUGCCGCUCGGUUCGUGCCUGUCCCGCGGUGAUCCGCGCCACCUUCCGCCAGCUCUUCCGGCGCGUGCGCGAGCGCUUUCCCAGCGCCCAGUACGAGGCCCCGCCCAUGGUGGCUGGUAUCUCGUAGCACCGCCUGCCGCUGCUCUGCCCCCGCCCCGCCCGUGGCCCCGCCCACAGCCUCGUGUUCAUGUUUGCUCCGCCCUACUCCCCGGCUGCAGAGCUGGACCUGCAGCGAACCCUGAGUUUGCAGGCACCGCCUGUGAAGGAGGGGACGCUCUUCAUCCACAGGACCAAGGGCAAGGGCCCCCUCACGUCCUCCUCCUUCAAGAAACUCCACUUCUCCCUCACCACCGAAGCCCUCAGCUUCUCCAAGACGCCCAGCUCCAAGAAGAGCACCCUCAUCAAGCUCGCCAACAUCCGGGCAGCCGAGAAGGUGGAGGAGAAGAGCUUUAGCAGCUCACACGUCAUGCAGGUCAUCUACACGGACGAGGCCGGCCGGCCUCAGACUGCCUACCUGCAGUGCAAGUGUGUGAACGAGCUGAACCAGUGGCUGUCUGCGCUGCGGAAGGUGAGCGUCAACAACAGUGGCCUGCUGGGAACCUACCACCCCGGCGUCUUCCGCGGGGACAAGUGGAGCUGCUGCCACCAGAAGGACAAGACAGGUCGGGGCUGUGAUAAAACCCGGUCACGAGUGACCCUGCAGGAGUGGAAUGACCCUCUCGACCACGACCUGGAGGCCCAGCUCGUCUACCGGCACCUGCUGGGUGUGGAGGCCGUGCUGCGGGAGAAGCACCGGGAGCUGAGUGGGGACACAGAGGCAGAUGCUGUGCCCGCGGGCUCUGGUGAAGCCCCCACAGACCCGCUGGGCCAGCUGCUCCAGGUGCUGCAGGACCUCCGGGAGGCCCACAGCGCCAGCCCACCCGGGCCGCCCCCUUCAGAGCCCAGCCGCCUCCUGGAGCUGCAGACGUGAGGCCUGCGUGGAGCCCCCCACCUGCCAGGCGCUUGGAAACGACGCUGUGCUCUGGGCUCUGUGUCCAGCCAUCCCCACUGGGGGCCAGCCUGGUCCCCCUCGGUGGGUCUCUGGCCCUUCAUGGUUGACCUGAAGUCUGGGGGACUUGGGUGGCUCCUGGGAGGCCCGGCCAUUCCCUAUGCCCUCUGCAGCGCAGAUUCUCCAGGGACCCUCCUGUCCUGCCUAGGACAGACACAGCCAGGACAGCCCUGGGGGAUCCAGGCCCAGAAGAUCAGGCCGCCUCAUGCCCUCCCAUGCCCCCUCGCUUAUGGCCACGACCCUGCGCCCCCCCCCCCUGCUGCCUGGCCCCUGAGCAGGGCACCAGGUACCCUACAGCCAACAAUAAACUGCUGUGACUGCCGGA